UGUUAUGGAAAUUGUUGAUACUCGCCAUCUGACAGUUGGCGAAUGAGCAAAAAGCUUCGUUGAUGCAAAAGCUUUGAGACAAUUGAGCAAACCCUUGUUGAGGUGGAAAUUUUAUUCGUGCAGAAGGAAUUGCCGAUAGUCGAAUAUUGUACACAUCCGUGCAUGAAAAUUUGGCAAUAUUCAGAAAACGUGCCCCUUUCCUUUACAAAAUCAAUGUAUCAAAUCUAAAGAAUCGUUUAUUUGGAAAUGGAAAUAACUGCAAUCGCAAAGGGUGAAAACUUGAAAAUGUGAAUUAAAAAUAAAAAAGUUUAAAUAAAAAUCUGAUAUGGACUUGUGUGUGAGUUAUCGAGUGCCGAGAUGGUGUUCACCACAGGAAAAAUUCCGUCGGUCUGCCCUUGGUGUACACGCUACAGUAGUGUCAUUAACAUGAAUAGUCGGCAGACUUUUUCUCUUGCAAAUUUUUUUACAUUUCUUCCAAGUUAAUGGCUCUGAAAGGCAAAACUAAUAGUUUAAUAGUCUUAAAUUAUGUUAAAUGUGUCGAGUACUAUAAUGCUGAGUUCCUGCUAAGACAAAGUGAUUCCUUUAAGAUACGAAAUCCUACAUACAGCCUUUAUUCGUGUCUAUAAAAUUCUCAUUUGAGUGUACCACUACGAGUAUUUUAGCUGUAUAAAUAAUUUACUAUUUGGAGCUCGACCAAGCACGGGGAAAAUAUUAUUAAAUCAUAAACAUGAAAUAAUGAAAGAAGUGAACUAGUGGCCGUUACUUCCCUCUCUUCAACUUGUCGCACCAAACAAACCUUCACAUAUAGAAUACAUAUACUCGUAUGUAUGUAUUCUCAUACAUUUAAAUUCAGUCUCACAUUGACUUAUUGACUUAUUGAAUACUACAAGUAUUUACAUAUUAAAAUAUUUAAAUCGUCGGAAAACCAAAACACUUAAGUUAGUGGAAAUGUGGGUGCGGUAGAAGCAUAAAAAACUAUUUAAACAUUAAAAAUAUAAUUACCUGUUAUAAAAUAACUUUAGCAAAAUCUUGUGUGGUUCCUUUUCUCUAGACAGUUCAAAUAUAAUAUAAUAUAAUUACUUGAAUGGUUCCUUAUUAUUACCGUAAAAUAUUUUAAAAAUAGCACGCUGGUAUCAUUUAAAGCAUUAAUUACUUCCUUACCAUCCGAUGCACACUUCCAUCUCUCUAAAUACUCACAGAUACACUUAUGUGUAGUUCGUAAUGGAACGUAUGUGGCGCAAAGUUAAUCACAGUUUCGGUGGUCGCUCAUCCAAAACAACAUCCGCUGCACAACCCGCCGACGCGACGAGUUCAGGCGGAGGCUUUUCUGACGGCAACAUUGUUGCAAUCACAGUAGCGGGAAUAACCACGGCCAGUGGAAGUAGCGCGGGUAACAUGCCUUCUAGCACGGCCACUGGUCGGCGUUUAGCCGCUAGUGGCCAGAUUCCGGUUGCAGCAACAGUUAGCGGUCAGCAAAAUCUGCCCGAGGGAAGUAAUCUAGUUUCUCAAUAUCCAAAAUCGCUGAGCCAACACGUGCUUCAUAAUAGCCAAGCAUCCUCCGACCGUCGUAGGAGGCGUCGACACAAAAGUCGCCCACGUCGAGGUGGUGUUAGCUGUGUGGGCGGAGGAGGUGGAGAUAAUAUGUCGUCAUCUGGCGGGUUUUACACAAUAAAAGAGUCUUCCGACGGCACAAUGGUUAAUCAUCGACAUCACCGCCAACCGAGGCUUUCAACGAGUCGUAUAAUGGCUACCUCAGCGCCAAGUGGCACAGUAAUGAUGUACCCGAACACAAAUCGGACGGUAGAUCCCUCACCGCAGGAAGUAAUAAGCACAGAGACAACAACAGCAGCCACAGCGGCAGCCACUCCAGAUAUUUCAUUGCGGCAGCGCGCUGUCGCAAAGCUGCGAAUGUUUAAUUUUCAUCUAAACUGGGAUUUGCACAUGACUCAUUGCAAACCAUGCGGCCCACGUCUUGGAGGGGGAGGCAGUGGUAAUAUUAUAAUGAGACGAUUAUGCCGAAACCGACGUCAUGAAGAUAAUGAGCUUUAUCGCUCCAAUAGUUUCAAAUUUGAAAGAUUCGAACGAAAGGAAUGCAUCGACGAAUUGACCGAUACAAUGAAAAAACAGAUUGCAAUUUGUGACGAUUACAGCUUACCAGUAGACUUUGUUAAGAAACGGCCGUCCAGUUUUGAUCCAUGUUUAGCGGAAGAUUUACAAACGAAUCACGGAAAUUGGGCUCAUCCUAGUCCACAAGCCGAAUUUAUUGCUUUGACCGAACCGAAAGAAAAUCAAAACCAAAGUCAGCAAACACAAUCUCAAGAUUUAAAAAUCUCACACCCACCACUUCCACCAGCACCAUUAUCAACUCUACCAACAAAUAAAACUAGUUUAAAUAUUCUACAAUCAGCUGUUAUUCCAACCGACACACUUCCUUCUCAUCAACUUAUACAUAUUGACCCGCAAGCAUAUAGCACACACUCCAUUCAAUCCAACCAAUCGAAGCCACAAUUCCUUUUUCAAUCUCAUCCUCCGCUACCCAAUACAAUACGACGAGCAUCUAUUAAACUCAUCGAAGGUUACUCCGAUCCUAAAGACUCCAAAGGCCAGAAAAAACCCCAUCACAAGAGAGGGAAGCGAAGGAUAAAGAAAAAUCAGCGUCCUCAUCAUCAGCUGAGCGCCUCUAAAGGCCUAGAUAAAACCAAACUAUCUAAUUUCAGUUCCGAUACUUCAGGCCCUAAGUCCUCAGAUGAUGAAAACAAUCAAUCAAAUAAGGUGCCUGAACUUAAUUCACCGGACAGUAUUUCCGAUGACCUUGUACACCCUUUACCAUCACAAUUAUAUCGCAGUCCUCGCAAACUAGCACCUGUGCUACUGGAUACAAGCAAACGAAACCCGUCGCCAUACUACUACUCUGACCUACUAAAAUCUAAAGAUAACGAAGUUGGUGCCGCAGAUAAGGAAACAAAAAAUAAAAGUCGUCAAUCUACGGUUUCUGAACCACCACAGUUGACACAGCCAUUUAUAAAUGUGGGUCCCUAUCGCAAGAGCACAAGCCUUGACGUACCAGAAGGCAAGGAACACGACUUGAAUAAAGUCGAGUCUUUUCAAACUAACCCAAUACCGGCAGCUAAUGAGACGCCGAAGCGUUACUCAUUCACAGAGGAGGGAGUACAUAUAAUUCGCUGUGAUUCACCUACCACAUCGACUUCAGAAGAAUCAGACUGCAGUGAAUGUCAAAAACGGCGACAGUGGCAUGCAAAAGCCUUGGCUCUAGUUCGAAAAACAUGUAAUAUACAACCAAUCACCGUUAACGAAAACUCAAAUACUUGCAGUCAUCAACCAGAAGAAACAAAGACUUUGCAAAUUGCGGAAGAUAACUCGUCGAUGCCGCCUCAUAAACUGUUCGGCCCGGCAAUUUGCGCCUGCGUUGCACCGACAAUUGGGGACGAUAUUGACGAAUUUUUUCGACCACGUAGUAUAUUCUAUGUCCAUCCACAUGGCGUGCAUGCAUGCUCAGACUGUGUCCCAGAUGUGAGUAAUUUAUCAUCCUCUGGAAACGUAUUGCAUGAGCAGGGCUCAAAUCCAUUAACUAGAACGAUUACUGGAGAGGACGACGAAGAAAUGUCUGGCCGUACGCGACAAUUAUAUGAGACAGCGUUCGACUGUAAAAUAGCAAAAUCGGACGACGAUCUUGAUGAGGUGGAUCGUAUAACAAACCACUCUGUAUUAUUUCCCUCAAACAGUGGCAGUGGGGCGGUCACAAGGACUGAAACCCGUUCAACGAAAUCCAGUCAUAUGAAAUCUCGACUUGAAGGCAAAAGACUAAAAAACUCGAAAAACCACGCUAUACAAGAACAAAGCAGCAACUCAGGUGGAAAUGCAAGUGGAAGUGGUUCGCCACUUUCGGCUCCUCCCGCAGAAGUUGAUGCUAAAAAUAAUACCGAAUUGCCAAGUAAUGUUUCUAGCAUCACAACUGGCAUUGAAAAAGUUCAAAUCCAAGGUGAAACUGUUGACCAACAAACAGCAAAUGCAGCAUCGACCUCUACAUCGCAAUUACCAAUUCUUGGAUAUACGCCAUCUCCCCCGUCAACUGCUCCAUUACCAAUUAAAUUUCCGGGAAAACAUGAUCGUUUUCUAAUGAAUAGCAUAAAAAGUGCUCCCAACUUGCCGUCUUCAAAUCCAGCCCAUCCACGAUUACGUGACUUACGUCUUCCAUUACAGUCUUCUUUGCGCCAGCAACAUCAGCAUGCUUCGUCAAUAGGUACCAGUAAUGAGAACAGUCUCACCGACAGCGCUUAUGUAAAUCCACCAUCUUCGACGUCACGCAACAUUCACAAUAUUCCACCAUCGAAUAGUUCUAAAGCUCGUGAUAGGCCACGGUCUUUUAUUAUUGAAUCGGGGCGAGUAUUAGAAUUACGAAAAAGCCACGUCUCCCACCGCCACCAUGUGGGAAAUGACGGUCGAAGGGCACAUAAUUACUCAUCGACCGAAAGCAUUGCCACAUCGAGUAGUGGUGGCAGCAUGGAAUCUUUGCGCUCGAGCACCAGUGAAGGAAACCGAAGUACUUCCAGUUCAGAGUCAAGGAACUCAACCUCGUUGAGUUCACAUAGCUCUGAAUCUGGUAGCUCGAGCGUCGCGCUCCCACUGCGAGCACCCGUUGUUGUUCUAUCUAAAUUACAUAUCUUAAGUCCAAUCUCAGACAAGUCUUCCCAAGAACCAGCUUCGGAAUUGUCCGAACAAAAUAAAACUCAACACACCUCCCCCGAGGAAGUUACACAACUGGCCCAAUUGACACAUACACAACAACAACAAACAAGCUCCCACGUUUUAACAUCAAACACUGAAACUAACAGACCGUUACAGCCAACGCAAACGGAUAUACUAAAAAAGAAGAAACCUCCACCCAAUAAGACGCUGCUUCAUUUAGCCGAUGAAAUAAUCGGUUCAGAUAGUGGCAUAUCACUCCAUUCGAGAGAAGACUCUAAAUUAAGUGCCGUGACGCAAAAGUUUACACUUCCCAAGCUUGACUUCUCAAAGUCGGACAAAGCAAAUGAAAGCAGCACAUGCGCUGCUAUAGCAGUUGUAAAUUCAUCCGGUGCUCCCCAAGAUUUACACGAUUUACCUUUUGAUAUGCCAAAAUUAAGGCGAAAAAAGAAUCUACAACAGGAAGCAUGUACUUCUGGUAGUGCAACAUCCGUAGAUUUGGGUGACUUACCAUUCGAUAUGCCAAAGCUCAGAAGGCGACUACGCACGAAUCAAAUAGAAAUAGGAAUUUUAUCGCAUAGUACCGAAUCAAGUGGCUUGUCACAAGCAUCUUCCAGCCAUUCAAUGAGGGAUGAAAACAAAAUCUCCAUGAAGUUGGACUGUGCGUUAUUUCGCCAAAAUUUAACUUUAAACCUAAAUGAGCCGCGCCAAACCAGUAAAUUCGGUAGUCUCGAUUUACGGGGCCUUGCGUCCAAUAAGGAACUUAAUCUUAACAUCGCGCAGGGCUAUACAUCGGCUGUGGAUUUGAUAGAUAUUUCCAUACCACUUGAGCGACAAGGCUGGUAUCACGGUGCCAUCACCAGGAUUGAGGCGGAAAACACUCUGCGGCCCCUCACAGAAGGAAGUUUUCUUGUGCGCAACUGUGAGUCUACCAAACAGGACUAUUCACUCUCAUUAAAGGGUGCCAAAGGAUUCAUGCAUAUGCGCAUCCAACGCAACGAUACCGGCCAAUAUAUUUUGGGUCAAUUCAGUCGUCCUUUUGAAGCAGUUCCCGACAUGAUACGGCAUUUUUGUUUGAAUCGCUUGCCAGUGCGAGGAGCGGAACACAUGUGUUUAAUUGAGCCAGUUAUAGUUCAGCUGUUAUAGGCCUUUCUACUAGAUUUGCACACAUAAUAUCCGGUUACUUAGAAGUGAAUCGUUGUAGGUACACACACUAUAUAAAUAUGUACCUACAUAACAUGAAUACAAAAAAUGUACAAGUAUUUUACCAAUAAAAAUGUAGAAACAGAGAAAGUAAGACAAUACCAGUUAAAACUCAUGCAAACACACAUACACAUGUUAUAUCUCUAUGUACAUACAUACACACCUAUAGUGUGGCCACAAAAUAACUUUUGCCGUUACACCUGGAGUUUUCGUAUGUGCAAAUACAAGUAUUCACAUACAUAUGUACAUAGAUAGUCAUCCAUUCGUGCAUACAUGAUACAUGCGUUUAUUAUAAUUAUAUAAAAGUUGUAGGUAUAUCGCCAGUAGUAACUAAAUACAUAUGGAUACACAUAUGUAUGCAUAUAUAUAUAUUUAUGUAUAAAUGCAUACAUAUGUAUAUACCUAACCGCAUAUACUCCCAUCUGUAAAAAUUAUCAUACGUUAAAUAUAUCCUUAAUCAUUACAUACACACACACAUACUAUUUACAUAAAAAAGCUAAUAUGCAAUAGAUGUAGGAUCUAUUUAAAAUAUAUAAUAUUUACGCACAUCCACUAAUAAUAUAUAUUCAUACGUUUAUACAUAAACAUAAGCACAUACAUAACGCUUGAAACGAUUUGUUAUUUGUUAUUAGUUUUAAUUUAAGAUCAUCCCAAUAAAACGUAAACAGUUCACUGUAGAUACAUACAUAUUUGAGAUUUCGGGUAAAAUUCAUACAUACAUAUUCGAAUAUAAGUUUGGUUGAACCGCUCAAAGAGCAAAACUAACGUAGAUAUUUAGCAAUUUAUAUACGAGUACUUAACUCAUAAACUGUAAGUGUUCGUCUUGGCUACUGGUGCAAUAUUUAUUUAUGGUAUAUUUAAGUGCCAAACAUAUUUUUGAUAGUCUCUUUUUAAUAAAUUUGGGUUAUAUUAGUAUUUACGUUUAGUUGACAUUCAUUGCUCUUGUGAUUUUUUUCUUCCAUUUUAUGAAGUCCAUUUUGUUAUAUGAAUUUCCAACCCUCAUGGGGCCGGUGUGUUUUACAAUAAAAUCUGUUCAAUUUCACUAUCGGUACUAUUUUUCUAACAUAUGCUAUGUAUAUAUAUGUCGUUUAAAUUUAAGUUUAGUUUUACUGUGUGUCAGAGUGCCAUAUAAAAGUGGUUUAUUUAAAAUAUAUUUAAUAAUAUCUACAUACAUAUACAUAUGUAUGCAUGCAAAUCACUGUUUUAAAUUGCUCUCCGUUACUGCACCUUAAAAUAAAAUAGCGUCGCAAAAUAUGAAAUCUACACAUCGACAUAAAUGGUAUACAUAUACGAAUAGUACGCAGUGCUAGUUACAUAUACAUAUAUUUCGAAACAUAAUAUUUUGAAUAAGUUUCAUAUCAAUACUAGAAGGUAUACAAUUUAAAAUAAAACAAACAUGAAAAGUAAUAAGUAGAAAGGUUUCAUUGACAUUCUUAAUUAUGCAAUUGAACCUACACACGCAUAAAGAAAUCGUUUCUAUAAAAUUGCUGGUAGAAAUAGUGAUAUUAGUAUUAUAAGCUUUUUUAGUUUUAUAAAUUCAUACAUACUCGAAUAUGGACAGAAGCAGGCAAAUAAUCACAUAGCAAUGGUUUGCUGGUUGAUUUUCGUUUGCAAAUGCUUUAAAAGCAAUAUAUUGACCAGGCAUAAUUUUCUUUUAAACAUCCAGAUUUAUAUUUUAUUAAACAUAUUUAAUUUGUAUAUAUUAUACAUAUGUUUGUUUUACUACUAUUUUAGAGAAAAAACUGAAUACGUGUACUUACUCUAGACCAAACGCUUUUAAAAGCAUUCGAAAGAAAAAAUAAUAAUUCACCGACACAUAGCAUACGUACUCAUACUUAUAAAAAAUAAAUUAACAUUGUAUAUUUAGCAAUAGAUAUCCGUACUAAUAAUAAAAAACAAAAACAAAAUGUAUUACAACUAUGCGUUUGGUAGAGUAAACUUAUUACAUUCCCAAUGUGCUAGGUUGAUAAACGACUGUGGGCUUCAAAAAUCAAAACGAUAGAAAAUAAAGGGUUUUGCAAUAACAGGUGUUAUGAAUGAAUGGAUUGCGCUAUCCAAAGAUGAUUAACGAUUUUUUAUGGCCGGAAUUGGAUGGUAUUGAUCUGGCCAACGUUUAGUUUCAACAAGGCGGCGCUACGUGCCACACAAGCAACGAAACCAUUGAUCUUUUACUGGGAAAAAUUUCCGGACCGUGUUAUCUCUCGAAGAGUUGAUCACAAUUGGCCACCGAGGUCUUGUGAUUUAACACCUUGUGACUUUUUUCUUUGGGGCCACGUGAAAGAGCCGGUCGAUUCAAGACCUCAAAGAUGGAAUUCGUGAGGCUAUCGAAGACAUAAGGCAGCUACUUUGCUAUUCGGUUAUGGAAAAUUUCAUAAAACGGAUAUUGUCCUGUAAGCGUGGUCAUGGUGGUCGUUUGCCUGAUGUUAUUUUCCAUUAUUAACGGCAUACCUUCCUCUUUAUAAUGAAUUAAACAUCCGAUCAUUUAUAUUAAAAAAUAGCAUUUCUCUUUGAAUAUCAAAAUAACACCCCUUAUUGGAAAACCCUUUACAUUUGCUAAUAGCGGUCACACCUCGGCAGUCAAUGCCAAUCCUCCAAAUGCACUUCUCAUAAAAAACUAUCUGCCGUAUGGGGCGACAUAAAACUGUAGGUCCCUAUAGAAUCAUUUAUGCAAAAUCAUCAAGACGCACACCACAAAUUAGAGGAGAAGCUAUGAUCAAACACCCAACAAAGGGUAAACGCGCCAAUUAUAUAAUAUAUGUACAUACAUAUUCAUAGUGUUCACAUUUCAAUUAUGAAAAAUUAAUGGAAAAAGGAAGAUGGUAUGCUCAACUUUAGGUAUUUUGGAAACAAGGUUUGGAAGUGGAAAUCGGUGAUUUUUGAUGAGUCAAAAUAAUUUUGCGGCAAUAUAGUUUUUUCUAAUUCUCACCAUAAAUAACAUAUUAGCCGUUCGAAGUCGGCUUAAAACUGUA